GCCCCGCCCCGCCCCGCCCCGCGCUUCAGCCGCUUCCCAAGCUAAAAAACAAACUCUCCGCGUUGUGCCCGGGCCUCCCUCGAGCCACAGCCCCGACCCGAACCCCAGGCCCAAGCCCGCGUCGCGAUGCGCGACACCGCUCCGUAUUCUCGUUCCGCGCAGAAACUCCGGCGGUUGGGCGCCUGCCGCGGCGGUUUUGGCCGUUACCCUGAGCCCCGCCCCCACCCUGCCCGUCUGCCCAAUCCCAACCGCCCCCUCGAGUGGGGGCGUGGCCAUGAGCCCGAGUCCCCUCAGGUGCCGGAGGCGGCCGCCCGCCCGAGGCUUCCGGAGCUGCGUCACUUCCGGCGUGUGCGUCCGACGUGCCCCCGCCGCGGGAUGGCGGCUCUGAGAACUUGGCUGUCACGGGGUGUGACUUCCCUGUUCAGGCUCAGACGGUGUGUUCCUGCCGCGGCUGGCUCCAGAAGGCGCUGCUUGUCGGAACUGCUGAGACCAUGGCGCGGAACCGCGGUGGCCGGCUUCGGCGUGGCCCUGUGCGCAGUGCCUAUCGCGCAGAAAUCGGAGCCUCACUCUCUUAGUAAUGAAGCGUUGAUGAGGAGGGCUGUGUCUCUGGUAACAGAUAGCACCUCUACCUUUCUGUCUCAAACCACCUAUGCAUUGAUUGAAGCAAUCACUGAAUACACUAAGGCUGUUUAUACAUUAAUUUCUCUGUACCGACAGUAUACAAAUUUACUUGGGAAAAUGAAUUCACAGGAGGAAGAUGAAGUGUGGCAAGUGAUCAUAGGAGCCCGAGUUGAGAUGACUUCCAAACAGCAAGAGUACCUGAAGCUGGAAACCACUUGGAUGACCGCAGUUAGUCUUUCAGAAAUGGCUGCAGAAGCUGCCUACCAAACUGGAGCAGACCAGGCCUCGGUCACCGCCAGGAAUCACAUUCAGCUGGUGAAGUCACAGGUGCAGGAGGUGCGCCAGCUCUGCCAGAAAGCAGAAGCCAAGCUUGCCGAAGCACAGACGCAGGAGAUGCGCCAGAAGGUGCAGGAGGGCGAGGAUGAGAGGGCCGAGCAGGAGCAUGAGGCCUACCUGCGAGAGGACUGAAUGCCGGAGCCGCUGCCCUGGCCCACGGUGGGAAAGGAGGGCCAGACUCCAGCGCCCAGCACAGCACGACCAUCUCUGCAGAGGAGAGGCAGCAGCUGCUGUGUGGCCAAUCGCGCCAGACCUUGCCCGCCUGAGCGCCUGGGCCAGGCCCUUUCCCUGCCUCCGCCUUCCUGAGGUUGGUUGAUCAACGCGGCGCUCUCCCUGCCUGAUUACCUCACACCCAAACCCUUUCACCAACCUGGGCCACCACGAGGGCCCUCUGUUUGUCACACUGUAAGGUUCAGUAGCUGUUUAACUCAAGUUUUCAGUCUUACUCAGACACCGAGGUAGGACUUCGUAUUUGCUCCCUCGCGGGGAUGGAGCUUGAGGGCGGGGAGCGCGUCUGCUCCCUGGGUUCUCCGCGUGUGUGACAGCCCCGGCCAGGGAGUGGAGCCGGCGGGCCGGAUGAAUCCGCGCCUGGUGCUCCCAACAGGACUUACUCUGACAGUGCCUCACCUGUGCUUUCCUGUGUCCUUGGAGUUUCUCUGUUGUAUCCAAGAGAAUUUUUUUUCCGUUUAAAAAA